AGAAGGACGUGGCCGCCGUUGAUGUGAAUAUGGGCUGUCCGAAGGAAUACUCCACUAAGGGCGGGAUGGGAGCUGCUCUUCUGUCUGACCCUGACAAGAUCGAGGCGAUCCUCAGGAAGCUGGUCACAGGCGUGUCCAUACCAGUGACGUGUAAAAUUCGGAUCCUGCCUUCGUUGGAGGAAACGAUCCGUCUGGUUCAGAGGAUCGAGAAGACCGGCGUCACUGCUGUUGCCGUCCACGGCCGGUUGAAGGAGGAGCGUCCCAGACAUCCCCUCCAUUGUGAUUACAUCCAGGCCGUCGCUCAGGCUGUUUCCAUCCCCAUCAUCGCCAACGGAGGUUCUCUGGACCUGGUGAAGACCAACGCGGACAUCGAGGAGUUCAGGAGGGCGACCGGAGCCUCAUCCGUCAUGUUGGCUCGAGCUGCCAUGUGGAACGCAUCGGUGUUCGUCAGCCAGGGACCACUUCCUGUGGAGAGGGUCAUGGAGGAAUACCUCAGAUAUGCGAUCCGCUACGACAACAACGCCUUCAACACCAAAUACUGUCUGUGUCAGAUGCUGAGAGACAAGGUGGAGUCUCCUCUGGGGAAGCAGCUGCAGGCGGCUCAGACCAACGCCGAAAUCAGCGAGGCGUACGGGCUGCAGGAGUUUUACCAGCAGACGCAGGAGCAGCUGCGGACCAGGAGGGACACCCUGCAGAGCAGCAGCCAGCCCGACCGGCCCGUCAUGGACGGAGACGUCACCACCAUGGCCGUCAAGUUUGAACGGAGGGAGUAUCCACCUCAGAUCACUCCCAAGAUGUUCCUGCUGGAGUGGAGCCGCAAAGAGAAAGUGGAGCAACCGCUGUACGAUAUGGUGCAGCGUUCACAGGAUCGAGGCUUUCAGUCGACUGUGACUGUAGCAGGAAAGAAAUACAGAUCUUCACUGUGGGAGAAGUCGAAGAAGUUUGCAGAGCAGGCGGCUGCCGUCGUCUGCCUGCGAGUUCUGGGGAUCCCAGAGGGUCGCUUGGGCGAGGAGGAGUCCGGCCUGGUCUGCAAGAGGAAGAGGGACGGGAAGACGAACGGCACAGCGGAGCAAGAAAGAAGCAAGAAACGACACCUUUCAACCGAGAACCAGCAGGAAACGGAAACCUCAAAGACUCCGGCGGUGGCCAAUGGUGACCGUUGUAAAGCAGAGACGACUCCAGAGCAGCUGUAGAGUGUUUGUAAGGACAGUGGUUCGUUUUCCUUACAUCACUUCCUGUCAGGAACAUCUGUGACGUCUUCAAGCUUAAAACUAAAUUGAAAUCAGCUGCUCGAUUCGUUACAUGAACGGAUUUAGCUUAGUUUUUUUUUUUUUACUUGAUUUAAAGCAGUUUUCAUUUGUGAACUCUGAGAUGUGCUCAGUGAAAACUGUCUCACACCGGAUCAGCUGUGAGAGAUUCACUCAUUUUGACUUUCAUGAAAUGAGUUUGAGCCUGAACACACCCUGAUCUGUAGCCAGACGGGUGGCAGCACUGAGCUCUCAGGUGUCGUCGUCAUCAUCUCAGAGGUUUGGGUUUGAACCUGGUGCCUUAAAGAGAAAGUUCUAUUUUUUAAUUCUGAUGGUUCAUCUUCCGUCUCCUGAUUUAAACGUUCAGCCUCCAUGUAAAUAUAAAGUGUUAAAAUGUAUAGAUCCGUUCUAUGGUCAAGAAAACUACAAUUCAUGCGACUUAGAUGAAACACACGAGUGAAAACAUCACAGGGAUGAUUUCAUAUUCAGCUUCUGCUCAUAGAUCCUCUCACACUCACACACUGAAGCUUUAAUCCUCGAGUUUCUGCUGGAAACGACUGACGUUGGUUUAAAAGACUCUAAAUGUAGUGAACAUGCAGUGAACAUCCCGUGGAGCAGACCCGAGGGGCCGAAUGUUUUUAUUUAAUCCUCCUCUGUGUAUUUUUUUUUUAUUUCAUUGACGGUGAAACAAAUCUGUAUCUUCCACUUUGUUGGUUUCAUUUGAAAGAAGAAGCUGCUUUUUAAAAUCUCAGUGUUUUUAUUUUGUCUCCUGAAGCUGAUGUGAAGCGCAUGUUGCCUUCAGGCUCCUCCAGGUCAGUGUGGACGCAGAUAAACGGAUCAAUUAACUCGAGGUUAAUUAAUCUUUAAGUCCUGAACUGAACCUGAGAGGGACACACCCAGCUCUGACGUCAUCCCCGGGCUGGCUAACGGUGCCUUCGCGGCCACUGUGGGAAGUACAGCACUCAUGAUGAAGGGUUGUUGCUGUCGCUCUGUUUCAAGACGUUUAUGAGCUAUUUAUUUAGUUUUUAAUCAAACUUUCAACACAUCCUGGUGUAAAAAGUGAUGCUCAAUAAAAAUGGAUGUCAUGCAGAAAAAUGAAGUGACAACAGUCAAAUAAAACACACGUCGUAUUUGAGAAAUAACUUAAUUAUAUAAUUUAUCACUUGACUGACUGCUGUCUCAUGUGUGUCCACUAAUUGUGGACUUUUUAUUUUUGAUAAAGCAAUAGUUCUCUUUAUCCUUUAUCCAAAGUGAUGAUAUAAAUAUAGAAAACUAUAAUAAGAAAAAUAUACUAUAAAUAAAUCGAGAGUAUUGUGAGAGA